GCAACACAACCACGCCAUUUUUAUUUUGUGAUCAGAACCACUGCAUUGCCAAAAAGUCCAUACCAUGACAGCCAAUCAAGCCUCCUCUUCAUCCUCUUCAAAACUUUGGAAGUACGACGUGUUCUUGAGCUUCAGAGGCGAAGACACACGCAAAGGCUUCACAAGCCAUCUUUAUGCUGCACUAAAAGACAGGGGAUACCAGGCUUAUAUCGACGAGGACGAUCUAAAAAGAGGGGAACAAAUAAAAGAGGAACUGCUCCGGGCAAUCGAAGAGGCGAGGAUCUCUAUCAUUGUCUUCUCAAAGAGGUAUGCGGAUUCGAGUUGGUGUCUUGACGAACUAGUGAAGAUCAUGGAGUGUAGAGAAAAACUCGGGCGAGAGGUUUUGCCAAUCUUCUAUGAUGUCGAUCCUUCACUUGUGAGGAAGCAGGAGGGUUGUUUGGCCGAAGCAUUUCAGAAGCACGAAGAUGACAUCCGUGAAGAGAAAGAUGACAAACAACGUGAAGCUAAGGAAAAAAGAGUAAAGCAGUGGAGAGAGGCUCUUACUCAAGCUGCAAAUUUGUCUGGCCAUCAUCUUCAAAACUCGGCUAAUGGGCAUGAAGCAAAGCUUAUCAGGAAAAUUGUUGACGAGAAUGUUAAAGAAUGGCUGCCCAGAAUAACCCAAUUAGAUGUGGCCAAGCACCCGAUUGGAAUUGAUUAUCGCAUUCAAGAUAUUAUCUGUCAUCUUAUUCAUGGUGGUAGACCAGAUGACGUUGUCAUGGUUGGAAUUUGGGGGAUGGGUGGAUUGGGUAAAACAACAGCUGCCAACGCCAUUUAUAACAAAAUUCAUCACAAGUUCCAGUUCAAAAGUUUCCUCGCCGACGUUCGCGAUACUGCAAGUAAAUAUGGUCUGGUUAAUGUGCAAGAAAAACUUGUUUCUGACAUCUUGCAAGAACCCACCAAGUUCCAGAUAAACAAUGUCAAUGCAGGGAUCAGUGUAAUAAAACAACAUCUUCGACGUAGAAAGGUACUUCUUGUUAUCGAUAAUAUCGAUAAAAUGGACCAACUAAAUGCAAUAGCUGGAAAUCAUAAUUGGUUUGGACCAGGAAGUAGAAUUAUCAUAACAACAAGAGAUGAACAUUUAUUAAAGCGAGCAGACAAGACAUUUUUGGCUCAGAAAAUGAAUGAAGAAGAAGCUCUUGAGCUCUUUAGUUGGCAUGCCUUUGAAAAUAGUUAUCCUCACGAAGGAUAUCUUAAACUCUCAAAAAAGGUUGUUUCUUAUUGUGGAGGUUUGCCAUUAGCACUUAUAGUUUUAGGUUCUUUAUUGAUUGACAGGACCCAAGCACAGUGGGAAAGUCAAUUGGAGAAAUUGGAAAAAAUACCUGAAGAAGAAAUUCUAGAAAAGCUCAGAAUAAGCUAUGACGGGUUAGAUGUUACACAGAAGGCUAUAUUCCUUGAUAUUUCUUGUUUCUUUAUUGGAAUGGACUUGAUAUAUGUCACAAAAAUAUUAGAUGGAUGUGGCUGUUUUGCAAGAAUAGGAAUCACUGUUCUUUGGGAACGGUGUCUUGUAACCGUUGAAGAUAACAAAUUGAAGAUGCAUGAUUUGCUUCGAGAAAUGGGCAAAAGAAUAAUUUCUGAAAAAUUUCCUAGUCACCCUGAACAAUGGAGUAGAUUGUGGGAUUUUGAACAAGUAACAGAUGUAUUGACGGACAAAUCUGGAACCGGAGAAAUUGAAGGACUUACUCUAGAUUUGCGAAGUUCUGAUAAGGCUAGUUUCAGUACAGAAGCAUUUACCAAUAUGAAGAAACUGAGAUUGCUCCAGCUCAAUGACGUAGAGCUUACUGGAGAGUACACAUGUUUUCCCAAAAAGUUGGUAUGGUUGUGCUGGCUUGGAUUCCCUUUGAAGUCCAUACCAGAGGACCUUUUUGAUCAACCAAAACUGGUUGCCAUGGACCUCAAGUAUAGCAAACUCGUACAAGUUUCGGAGGGUUCCAAGUCACUUGAGAAGUUGAGAAUCCUUGAUCUCAGUUUUUCCAGUGACCUAAAAAAGUCACCGGACUUUUCAAGGCUUCCAAAUCUUGAAGAAUUGGUACUCGAAUUCUGUGAGAGUUUAUCUGAGAUUCACCCAUCCAUUGGUCAUCUUAAAAGGCUUUCUUUGGUAAAUCUUAAAUACUGCGAUGCGCUAAUGUAUCUUCCAGGAGAUUUCUGUAAGUCCAAAUCCAUUGAGAUUCUUCUUCUUAGCCACUGCUCAAGAUUUAGAGAACUGCCUGAGGGAUUAGGGGAGAUGGUAUCGUUGAAAAAACUCAAUGCAAAAUGUACAGACAUAAGACAGAUACCAUCGUCUAUAGUAAGACUGAAGAACCUCGUGAAUUUAAAUUUAUGUGGUGUGAGAGUGUCACCGUCGAGUUUACUUGGCUUAAACUCUUUAAGACAACUACAUCUCUCAAACAACAAUUUAAUUGAUGGUGCAAUUCUUAAGGAUCUUGGGAGUCUGAUUUCCUUAGAAAAUUUGGAUCUUCAAGAAAAUAGUUUUUGUAGACUACCUAGCCUCAGUGGUCUUUCAAAGCUUCAAAUGUUGUGCUUACAUAAUUGCCGAAAUCUUUGUGAAAUCCCUGAUUUACCAACAAAUUUGAAAUUCUUGUAUGCACGUAACUGCACUGCAUUGGAAACCAUGCCCGAUUUUUCGGAGAUUUCUAUGAUAGAGUUUGUUCUCAACGAUUCUCCCAAACUCACCGAAGUGCCAGGCUUGGACAAGUCAUUGAACUCCAUGGUAGGGAUUCAUAUGGAAGGGUGCAUCAAUCUCACUGCGGAGUUUAGGAGGAGCAUCCUGCAGGGAUGGACUUCUUGCGGUUAUGGUGGCAUUUUUCUCAAAGGGAAUUGUGUUCCUGACUGGUUCGAGUUUGUCGAUGAGGGCGUGGAAGUUGAGUUUGUUGUUCCUCAAAGUGACGGCCGUAAUUUUAAAGGGUUGACUUUGUUCUUCAUUUACUCGCCAAUCUAUAAAUUUGAAUUUCAUUUUGCUGUUAUCGUUAUGAAUAAAACCAAGCAUACUGAGUUGCGGGCCUCCAUAAUGUAUGUCUCAGUACCAGAUUACUGUGAUGGUAAAGACGAUUAUCUCUGGCAGGGACAAUUGUCGCAAGAUGUUCUCGAUUUGCAAGGUGGGGACAGAGUUAGUAUUUACAUACAACCUACUCACACUUAUGUGAGAGUGAAGAAAACUGGGGUUAAUGUAGUAUGGGACAAACUUAUGACGGAAAAUACGCAUGAUUGGCAUUCCCAUUUGUAUGAAUAUGAUCCACAUCCAGAUUGGUUUGGGUGGUUGGGUGCUGAUGUUGAGGCAGGAGCAAGGGAUGACGCAUCUGGUGACGAUUAUUCUGAUCCCAGUGAUGAAAUGUAUGAUUCUGACCCACAUACAGAUGAGGAAUGGUUGUCGGAAACCGACGACGAGGCAGAACCACGUGACGACCUAUCCGAUGAAGAUGAAGAUGAAGACUUAAAUGAAGAUGAAGACGAAGAUGAAGAUGAAGACUUAAAUGAAGAUGAAGACGAAGAUGAAGAUGAAGAGCAGAUAUCUGACUCAAUGGGCGCACGUGAUCCGAGCACUAAUCAAAUUAUGAGUAGUACAGAAGAACAACUAGCAGUAGCAGUGCAUGGUCAUGAUCCUCUUGGCCUUGCGCAUUUACGUCUUUCCUUGUCUCUUGAUACUCUUCCUGCAGGCCGUCAGAUUCAGCCUCGUUUGCGACAGCCUCACUCUCACUCUCAGCCUCAAACUCGUCCUGAGAAUCUCCCAGUACUGUUCCGGCCACAGGGUCCAGCGGUCCGUGAAAGUGGAGAGCAGACAUCCGACCCAGUGGACGAUGAUCCUCUUGCGCACCUUUGCAUAUCUUUUGCACGUCUUUCUUUGUCUCCUGAUCAUUCAUCAUCUACUUUCGCAGCCCUCAUUCAGCCGGACGCCUGACUCUGUUGGUCUUUACCAUUUGGAGAGAGUGAAACUAAGAGAGUUGAAUUGCUGUACUAGCUAAUCACCGCCAAGAAAGUCAUUGCAUGCAAAUUUGCAGCCAGUACCCAAGUCCAAGUCGUAUAAAAAGGCACUGUAAAUUAGCUCCAUUUUGGUGUAUUGUAUGGUUCAUUUGCCUCUAGUGGCAAAACCAGGAGAUUUCCUCGGAGUCUGUUUGAUACCCAAUUUGCAAUUUACUUUUUAGUUUUAAUUUUUUUUA